GAUGAGACUGGAGAACACACACACAACCCUGCCACGACGAGAACCAGACCCAAAGCUCAACGUGACUGCAGCGCGAACUCUCGCGAGGGCGAUCCGCAACGCGGCGGCAGCUCGAACUCGCGCGAGAGCUGGCGCGACCUCGCGAAGAACGGCGGGAGCGCGGGAGGUAUGGCGUCCCUGCCGCAGUCCUGGAGUCGGCUGGAUAGACGACAAGAGCGCGACGUGCGCGAGCUCGUUCGCCUUGUGGCGGGCGUCCAGGACGAAGCGGACCCCAACUUCCAGCUCGCGUUGCACUUCGCCUGGUCCAACUUCAGAUUUCAUCGUUUCUUAGACGUCAAUAGCCACAAAGUAGAAAAGACAAUAGAAGGGAUCUACGAAAAAUUCAUCAUUCAUUCCGAUCUCAGCAAAGCUGCUAGUUGGAAGAGAUUAACUGAAGAAUUUCUAAAUGCAUCACUUCCAAGCAUAAAGGAACUCAAGACAGAUGUACAUUAUUCCAUACUAUCACUUCUUCUGUCUCUGUCUGAUUCUCCUUCGAACAGCAAUUAUGUGGAAACACCAAGAGAUAAAGAAAUGGAAAAGAAGGAUGAUUUUGACUGGGGAAAAUACUUGAUGGAAGGUGAAGAAAUUGACCUUGGCCCAGAUGUACACACACCGAAUUGGUCUGAAGAAAGUGACGAUGAAAAUGAUCAACAGUCCUUAAGCAGAGAGGACUCUGGGAUUCAGGUGGACAGGACACCGUUAGAAGAACAAGAUCAAAACAGAAAACUGGGGCCUCGAGUCAUCUGGAAAGAUGAGCCAGAUGCCCGAAGCUGGUUGGAACAGCAUGUAGUUCAUCAGUACUGGACAGUCAGGUCCUCAAGAUUUCCUCAUAGUUUACAUUUGCAUUCCAAUCUAGCUACUGUCUGGGACCAACAUUUGUACAGCAGUGACCCGUUAUAUGUUCCAGAUGACAGAGUUUUUGUUACUGAAACACAGGUUAUUCGGGAAACCCUAUGGUUACUUUCAGGGGUAAAAAAGCUCUUUAUAUUUCAGUUGAUUGAUGGAAAAGUAACUGUGAGGAACAAUAUUAUAGUAACUCAUUUGACACAUAGCUGUUUACAGUCAGUACUGGAGCAGAUCGCGGCAUAUGGCCAGGUUGUGUUUCGACUCCAGGAAUUCAUUGAUGAAGUCAUGGGGCACAGUUCUGAAAGCAUGUUACCUGGAAAUGGUUCUGUUCCUAAGAAGUCAACAGAAGCGCCUUUUAGAACAUACCAGGCUUUCAUGUGGGCCUUAUACAAAUACUUCAUUAAUUUCAAAGAGGAACUUGCAGAAAUUGAGAAGUGCAUCAUCAAUAAUGAUACUACAAUAACCCUUGCAAUAGUGGUGGACAAGUUGUCACCUCGACUAGCUCAACUCAAAGUUCUGCACAAAGUGUUUAGUACUGGAGUAGCAGAAGUUCCACCUGACACUCGAAAUGUUGUCCGAGCAUCUCAUCUGCUCAACACCCUGUACAAAGCCAUUCUUGAAUACGACAAUGUUGGCGAAGCCUCUGAGCAAACUGUCUCAUUGCUGUUCUCCCUCUGGGUGGAGACCGUGCGGCCCUACCUGCAGACUGUGGAUGAGUGGAUCGUGCAUGGGCACCUCUGCGACUCUGCCAGGGAGUUCAUCAUCCAGAGAAACAAAAAUGUUCCAGUGAAUCACAGAGACUUCUGGUAUGCAACCUACACACUAUACAGUGUAUCUGAAAAGACAGAAAAUGAAGAAAAGAUGAGUGAUAAUGCUAGUGCCAGUUCUGGCAGUGACCAAGGGCUCUCCAGCAGGCAGCACACCAUGGUGUCCUUCCUGAAACCCGUCCUCAAGCAGAUCAUAAUGGCCGGCAAGUCCAUGCAGCUGCUGAAGAACCUGCAGUGUGCAGAGAGCACCACACGCCAGGCCACAGCCAGAGAUGCAGAAAGAAAAAGUCUGUAUACCCUCUUUUUGGAGUCUGUACAGUCUCGUCUUCGACACGGAGAAGCCUUCACUGCACAGGCCCUCACUGAGCAUCAGGCCACCAGAGAGACCCUGAUAAAGAUGCAGUCCAUCGCCGAGCGGCAUCUCGAGCUGGAUGACGUUCACGAUCCGCUGCUGGCAAUUAAUUUUGCAAGGUUGUAUUUGGAACAGAGUGACUUUCAUGAGAAGUUUGCUGGUGGAGACGUAUGUGUGGAUAGAUCAUCAGAAUCUGUGACUUGCCAGACCUUUGAAUUAACGCUGAGAUCUUGCCUCUAUCCCCAUAUUGAGAAGCAAUAUCUAGAUUGCUGUGGAAACCUCAUGCGGACUCUGAAAAAAGAUUAUAGGUUGGUGGAAUACUUGCAGGCCAUGAGGAAUUUCUUCUUAAUGGAAGGGGGAGAUACCAUGUAUGACUUCUACACAUCAAUUUUUGAUAAAAUAAGGGAAAAGGAAACCUGGCAGAAUGUGUCUUUUCUUAAUGUCCAGCUCCAAGAAGCAGUAGGACAACGGUAUCCUGAAGACAGUUCACGUCUGUCUAUAUCUUUUGAGAAUGUUGACACAGCUAAGAAGAAACUCCCUGUCCAUAUCUUAGAUGGUCUGACCCUGAGCUAUAAGGUCCCAUGGCCUGUGGACAUUGUUAUAAGUUUGGAAUGUCAAAAAAUUUAUAAUCAGGUGUUCCUUCUCUUACUGCAAAUAAAAUGGGCAAAAUAUAGCCUGGAUGUUUUACUAUUUGGUGAACUAGCCAAUCCUGCUGACAAAUCACAACUUAAAGAAGGACUUUUAGGUGACCCAGACACAGCUGCUCAUUUUGGCCCACAGAAGGAGCCAGUAAGACUGCAGAUUCAUCGUAUGUUCCUCUUAAGAGUGAAGCUCAUGCACUUUGUGAACAGCUUACACAACUACAUCAUGACCAGGAUUCUUCACAGUACAGGGCUGGAGUUUCAGCAUCAAGUCGAAGAAGCUAAGGAUUUAGAUCAGUUGAUUAAAAUUCACUAUAGAUACCUAUCAACCAUCCAUGAUCGAUGUCUGCUGAGAGAAAAGGUCAGCUUUGUGAAGGAAGCCAUCAUGAAGGUGUUGAACCUGGCGCUCAUGUUUGCAGAGGGCUGGCAGGCUGGCCUGGGGGCAUGGCAGAUGGAAUCUAUAGAGAAAAUGGAGUCUGAUUUUAAAAACUGCCAUAUGUUCCUUGUAACCAUUUUAAACAAAGCUGUCUGUAGAGGAUCCUUUCCCCAUUUAUGUGGGUCAUCUGCUCGGCAUCUCUGCGGUGGGACUGAUGGCGACCUCCUCCUCGUGGACUUACGCCACAUGCUGCGCCUCCCAGGUCUGCUGCAGCCAGAGCCCCUGUCCCUGUGGCAGGCCGCUGGUGAUCCGUUCCUCUGCAGGAGACACUCAAACACUCAAAGGCAACUCUGGCUCACUGUCUUGUGAGCCAGACACUGAAAAUCAACUGCAUAAAUGGAGGAAAAUGACCUUGCAUGCCCAAGGUGUAGGUUCAGAAAAGACGUGAAAAGACUAAGUUUACACGUCAAGCUGACAUCUGGCACAGAAACAGGUUAGAGAAACCGAGGAGGUAAGAAACAUAAUAACAAAAAGCAGCAAACCCAAGGAAACAGGAGAAUCUGAUUCUAGAUUCAAAUGUCCAGGUUUCAGUAAAAAUCAUAAGCAUAUAAAGAAACUGGAAAAUAUGGCCCACUCAAACAAAGAAUGCAGAAGGCAAUGGCAACCCUCUCCAGUACUCCUGCCUGGAAGAUCCCAUGGAUGGAGGAGCCUGGUAGGCUGCAGUCCACGGGGUCGUGAAGAGUCCGACAGGACUGAGCGACUUCACUUUCACUUUUUACUUUCAUGCAUUGGAGAAGGAAAUGGUAACCCACUCCAGUGUUCUUGCCUGGAGAAGCUCAGGGAUGGUGGAGCCUGGUGGGCUGCCGUCUAUGGGGUCGCACAGAGUUGGACGCGACUGAAGCGACUUAGCAGCAGCAAACAGAGAAUAAAUCAACAGAGACUGUCCUUAAAAGAGAUGUAAUGGCAGAUAUACUAGACAAAUACUUUAUUUUUUUAAUUUUAUUUUAAUUGGAGGCUAAUUACAAUAUUGUAGUGGUUUUUGCAUACAUUGACAUGAAUCAGCCAUGUGUUCCCCAUCCUGAACCCCCUCCCACCUCCCUCCCCAUCCCAUCCCUCGGGUCAUCCCAGUGCACCAGCCCUGAGCACCCUGUCUCAUGCAUUGAACCUGGUCUGGCGAUCUGUUUCACAUAAGAUAAUAUACAUGUUUCAAUGCUAUUCUCUCAAAUCAUCCCACCCUCACCUUCUCCCACAGAGUUCAAAAGACUGUUCUAUACAUCUGUGUCUCUUUUGCUGUCUCACAUAUAGGGUCAUCAUUACCAUCUUUCUAAAUUCCAUAUAUAUGCAUUAGUAUACUGUAUUGGUGUUUUUCUUUCUGACUUACUUCACUCUAUAAUAGGCUCCAGUUUCAUCCACCUCAUUAGAACUGAUUCAAAUGUAUUCUUUUUAAUGGCUGAGUAAUAUUCCAUUGGAAGGACUGAUGCUGAAGCUGAAACUCCAAUACUUUGGCCACCUCAUGCGAAGAGUUGACUCAUUGGAAAAGACCCUGAUGCUGGGAGGGAUUGGGGGCAGGAGAAGGGGACGACAGAGGAUGAGAUGGCUGGAUGGCAUCACCGACUUGAUGGGCAUAAGUUUGAGUAAACCCCGGGAGUUUGUGAUGGACAGGGAGGCCUGGUGUGCUGCGAUUCAUGGGGUCACAAAGUGUCAAACACGACUGAGUGACUGAACUGAACUGACCUGAAUAUUCCAUAAUGUAUGUGUACCACAGCUUUCUUAUCCAUUCGUAUCCCGAUGAACACCUAGGUUGCUUCCAUGUUCUGGCUAUUGUAAACAGUGCUGUGAUGAACAUUGGGGUAUACGUAUCUCUUUCAGUUCUGGUUUCCUCGGUGUGUAUGCCCAGCAGUGGGAUUGCUGGGUCAUAUGGCAUUUCUAUUCCCAGUUUUUUUAAGGGAUCUCCACACUGUUUUUCACAGUGGCUGUACUAGUUUGCAUUCCCACCAACAGCUUAAGAGGGUUCCCUUUUCUCCACACCCUCUCCAGCAUUAAUUGUUUGUAGACUUUUUGAUGGCAGUCAUUCUGAUCAGCGUGAGAUGGUACCUCAUUGUGGUUUUGAUUUGUAUUUCUUUGACAGUGAGUGAUGUUGGGCAUCUUUUCAUGUGUUUGUUUGCCAUCUGUAUGUCUUCUUUGGAGAAAUGUCUGUUUAGUUCUUUGGCCCAUUUUUUGAUUGGGUCGUUUAUUUUUCUGGAAUUGAGCUGCAGGAGUUGCUUGUAUAUUUUUGAAGUUAAUUCUUUGUCAGUUGCUUCAUUUGCUAUUAUUUUCUCCCAUUCUGCAGGCUGUCUUUUCACUUUACUUACAGUUUCCUUCGUUGUGCAAAAGCUUUUAAGUUUAAUUAGGUCCCAUUUGUUUAUUUUUGCUUUUAUUUCCAUUCCUCUGGGAGGUGGGUCAUAGAGGAUUUAUGUCAGAGAGUAUUUUGCCUAUGUUUUCCUCUGAGUUUUAUAGUUUCUGAUCUUAUGUUUAGAUCUUUAAUCCAUUUUGAGUUUAUUUUUGUGUAUGGCAUUAGAAAGUGUUCUGGUUUCAUUCUUUUACAAGUAGUUGACCAGUUUUCCCAGCACCACUUAUUAAAGAGAUUGUCUUUUCUCCAUUGUAUAUUCUUGCCUCCUUUUAGACAAAUUAUUUAAAACAACUGUUUUGAAGAUAAUUAAAGACUUAAAGACUAUGGAGAAAUUCAAGAAAGUGAUGUGUGAAAAAUAAAUAAAUAAAUACAUAUAUGUGAACAAAAUGGAAAAAGCAAUAAAGAGAUCAAAACCUAAGAAGAAAUUCUGGAACUAAAAAGUAUUCUAACCGAAAUGAGAAAUUCACUAGGGAGUUUCAAAGGCAGAAUUGAGCAGGAAGAAAAGCUAAUCAGUGAACUUAAAGGUCAAACAAUGAAAACUAUCCAGUCUGAGGAAAUUUUUUAAAAAUUAAAGAAAAGUGAACAAAGCCUAGAAACAUCCAGAGGACCAACAUACAUAUUAUGCACUCCCAGGUGAGAAGCAAGAGAAAAGGCAGAGAGAAUAUUUGAAGAAAUAAUGCCUGAAAGCUUCCUAAAUUUGAUAACAGACAUUAAUAUAAGCAUCCAGGAAGCUCAAUGAACACUGGGUAAGAUGAACUCAAGAGACCCACACCAAGACACAUCAUAAUUAAUUUGAAAGAGAAAGACAAACAGGGACUCUUGAAAGCAGUGAGAACAAGAAAUGCUCAAAGUAAUGUUUCAAGGAGAAAUGAAAAGACACUAGAUAGGGUGAAAUAGUUGUACAAUAAGAACUAGAGACUUCAAUACCCCACUUUCAAUAAUGGGUGAAACAGCCAGACAGAACAUAUGUAAGGAAGUAGAGAACAUAACACAUUAAUCUAACUAGAUCUAACAGACAUAUAAUAGAGUGUUCACUCUAGCCCACAAUAGCGUACACAUUCUUCUCAAGUAUACAUGGAACAUUUUCCAGAACAGACCAUCUGUUAAGCCCCAAAUUAGUCUGAAUACAUUUCAAAAAGAUAGAUGUCCCACAAAGUAUGUUCUCCACUCAGAAUGAAGCUAGAUAUCAAUAACAAAAUAAAAAACAGAAAGACUUUUAAAUAACCAAUGGAUCAAAGAAGAAAUCAAAUGGGAACUUCUAAAAUACUUAGAGAUAAAUGAAAAUAAAAACACACCAUAGCAAAACUUGUAGACGCAGAGAAAAUGAUGCUAAGAGGAAAGGUUUUGCUAUGGUGUUUGCCACCUCCCAGAGUAAUGGAAAUAAAAGCAAAAAUAAACAAUGAGACCUAAU